GAGUUCCCACAGUUGCCUUGAACACUCAGAAGUUAGUGUUUCUGAGUUCUAAGUUAUUUUGAACAAGGCAUUUGGCUGCUUGAUUGACAACUAGUCAACAAACACACCCUGCUGUGAUACUGACGUUAAUAGAAUACAAUUUGGUGCGCUGUUCUGCAGUGUGUGUGUUUUAAGAGUCACCUUGCGAUCAGUAGAAUCAGUUUCAUUUAGUGCCUCUGUCUCUCCUGUAGAGGUUGUUGGCGCAUCUCCGUGUCACAGAGCUACGUUCUCUAAUGGCUACCAUGGGCCAGACCAAGAGUGGGCUGAAGUCCAAUCUGCUGGUGAGGGCUUUGGGGGUUAUACAGACCCAGUGCAAUCCUCACCUGCUCACAGUCGUGCGCCAGCUCUACCAGGAACGCUACUCCGACCAGAUAGUUCCUGGCAGUAGCCAGACGACUCCUGGAAGCCACCAGGAGGAGCAGACCGUGGCACCGGUGGUGGAGCCAUCACACAACCCCACACAGCACAUAAACAAUCUGACACACAACCCUAGAUUGUUCCAGAUGGUACCCCUUCCCUUCUACCAAGCCCUGGGGACAGUCCUACCCCCCACACAACUGGUGGGCUCUUUCUGUUCCGACAUGCAAAACCAGGAGUUCAUCCUCAGGCUUACGCGAAAGCAAGUGGAGCAGAACAGAAACUGCAAGGAGCUGCGACCAGGUGUGCCGAGUGUCCAGGUGGUUCUCAGAUUCUGCUUCACAGAGAGUCUUGGAUACGAGGAGGAUCAAUACCCACCAUGCCUGUCCAUCAAAGUUAAUCAGAAAUGCAUAUCCUUACCGGAACUUCACAGACACUGUACACCCAUCAACAUAACCCCAGCAGUUUUUCUCAGCCUCCUCCCCUCAUUUCGAUUAUGUGUCUGGUGGAAGAGAUGUUGCAAAAGGUUCUCUGUGGCUGUGUACCUGGUGAAGGUGCUGUCCCCCUCAGACCUCCUCAGUCAACUGAAGAGCCAAUCAGUGGAGAGUCUGACAUUCUGCAGACAGCGCAUCCAGGAGAAGCUGCGUUUCGACCCAGAAUGUGAGGUGACCACAACAGGACUACAAGUGUCCCUUAUAUGUCCGCUGGGGAAGAUGCGUCUGUCAGUGCCCUGCAGGGGGCGUAAGUGCGCCCACCUCCAAUGCUUCGACGGGAAGCUCUACCUGCAGAUGAAUGAGAAGAGGCCCACCUGGACCUGCCCAGUGUGUCACGAGCCAGUUCCGUACAGCCAGCUAACUAUCGAUGGGAUACUGACUGUGAUCCUCGCGUUGGAGGGCUUUCAGGACAAUACAGAGGUAGAAUACCUGGCUGACGGCUCCUGGAGGUUUGUUAUAGAUGGCGUGAGCAGGACAACACAGCCAUCGGCACCGUUGGAGAAGAUGGAGGCCUAUAGUGCCAGUAGUGUGACUGCAACCACCAGAGCCGUGUCAACGGAAGUUGUCACUGUGGACCUUACGCAGGAGUCAUCCGAGGACGAGGCUGAUGAGGUCACAAAGGUACGCCAUAACGAUGGCCUCCCCGACAGGAACGGGUUUCAUUUAGUUGCUCAAGGUUCUGUAUGGUCAUCAAUGGUAAAUCCAUCACGGAGAUUAACAGUACAACACACGCAGAGGUAAAAUGUGUAUGUUUGUUUACAGUUAAACUGGACACAGACCUUUCAGGUCCAGUGGUCAGAAGAAAAAAAAUUGCCUAAGAGGCAAUGGUUACUAAGCAGUCCCAAGAGUCUAGAAACGUAACAAUUAUUGUGCACAGUUACAUGCACACAAUAUUACGAUUUUUGUGGAUAGCUAGAUUUAAUAUAAUAGUUUGUUUUAAAAUGUUUAGGCCUACAUGCUUUGCAAAAAAACUGAUUUCCCUAAUAAUCCUGUGUAGAUUGACACAUCUGAAAUCGGGUAACCACAGUAGCCAUGUUUUUUGUGAAGCCUAUUUGAUUCUGAGUUGGGACAUACAGUAUAAAUUAUGUAUGUGAAAACUAUUUCUAAGAUUAAUAUUUUCAGUUUUUCCGAACUCACUUCACUCGCGCAUUAGAGGAAGGGUUGCGCUAAUGGUGCUGGCACAUGCACAGAUCAGAUGCGUUGCUGGAAUGCCAAUGAAAUUGUUUACAAGUCCUAAUAAUUCCAAAGAUUGCUCUGAAAACCAGGUGUUUUAUUCGGUGAAAGCUUACUUCAAUUUUGACCUUAAGCCAUUUUUAAGAUGAGCAGAGUAAUGUUUUUACAUGACUAUUUCCAUACAUUGCCUAUACAUUGCCUACUGUCAUAAUCCGUUUAAUAUCUAAUUAUUGUGCAUGUAAAUAUACUCAUGUUAAUGUAUUUAAUGCUUUUUUUGUAAUACCAAUUUCUAAUAAAAUGAUUUUCACCCUCCUAAAA